CGAGCAAGCAAAGCUCUCUUUACAUUGGCUCCGGUGACUUGCCGUAGUGCUUGUCUCCGCCCCUGUGUAUAAAAGGCGGCUGCACAACCUCCGUCGCUCUUCUCCCACGUCAACCGGAGCAACAAUUGUGUACUUAUCUCCCCGGAGCGUGACUGUUGAGAAUCAUGGCUGAGCUCAAGGAGCGUACCUUCAUUGCCAUCAAGCCUGAUGGCGUGCAGAGGGGCAUCAUUGGAGAGAUCAUCAAGAGGUUCGAGAUGAAAGGCUUCAAACUUGUGGGCAUGAAGAUGCUCCAGGCUUCUGAGGACCUCCUGAUGCAGCACUACGUCGACCUGAAGGACAGACCAUUCUUUCCUACCCUCAUCAACUAUAUGAGCUCUGGUCCAGUGGUUGCCAUGGUGUGGGAAGGCAAGGGUGUGGUGAAGACAGGCAGGGUGAUGCUGGGUGAGACUAACCCUGCCGAGUCCAAGCCCGGAACCAUUAGAGGAGACUUCUGCAUUGAUGUUAGCAAGAACAUCAUCCAUGGCAGUGACUCAGUGGACAGUGCCAACAAGGAAAUUUCCCUGUGGUUCAAAGAUGACGAGCUGGCCAGCUAUACAAGCUGUGCCUUCAGCUGGCUUUACUGAGCUACUUUAGGUGCUGCCACAGUUCCCACACACUAGUUGGAGACUAGUGAAACUCUUGCCUCAGAUUUCUUGUUUUUGCCCGUAACUUACAGGGGAGAAAAACUGAUGUGAUGUUCUUGUCCCCCUCACAUACCCGCCUGCCCACUACUCAUCAUAUACUGUACUUGGAAGUGGUCUCUUCGGAGGUCUGUUUCAUAUCCAGAUUCAUUCCUGAGCUCCAUUCCUUUAGAAACAUUCCAUCCUGUCUUUCAAUGUACAGUUAAUGACUUGAACCUUGUCUUUGGCUGUCAGUUUUGUUAAAGGUGACCUGCUUUCCAAUAAAAUACACAAUACCAA